AUUUUUAACCUAGAAUAUUUUUUUAUUCCAAAAAUUACCAAGAUAUUUUAAUAUAACAAAUAUAACAAAUAAAUAAAUUCAAUUUUAAUAAUGUUUUCUAAAAAGUUGUUAAGCCUACACAGUCCACUUGUAGUUAUUCAAAGAAAUGUGGGGAAAAAGAAAUAUAACUGGUUUAAUGAAGGAAUCCAAUAUCCUGGUUUUAAAUAUUAUCCUAGACAUAAGGACUUUGAAGAUCCGCCAUAUGAACCAACAAAAUUAUUUAGAGUUAAAAGAAUAGCCCCUCUGAAAGGUUUAUCACAUUUAGAGAAAGAACUUUUGAAAAGCUUUAGCUUAGAUGGUGAAAAAAAUAAUUGUUUUAAUGUUGUUAAAAAUAUUCCCGAAAAUAAUGGACGAUUGUGGAAAAUUAAACACUUAAUUGAAAUUGUACCAAUUACUUUUCCUGAUGGGUUUCCCGCAGCAGAUGAUCGCACAUGCUUACAUGAAAAUGGUGAACUACGAAUAGUUAAGAAGUUAAAUACAGUCGAAAAGCAACUAGAGCUUACUGAAAACUUUUCUAAAUUACCUGAAAGAAUGGAUGGAGAUACAAUUAGAAGAAGUCUGAGGAAAAAAUGGUUAAAUGGCUUUGAAACUGUACAAUAAAUUUAUUUAGGCAUAAUUAAUAAAUUAGAUAAUUGAUUUUA